AUGACUGAUCGCUUCUCAGGACGUCGCGAACGAAUUUUGAAUCAAGAACAUGCGAUGAAUGAGAAGAAUGAUCAUUUUAAACGCAUUGCAGCUAAGUUUGCUGAAGAAAAUCCAACUGUUCCUUCAAUUGGGGAGUUGGAACUUCCUCCAACAACACCCGAGCCACUUUUUGAUUCAAUACCACAACCACCUUCAAGCACUCGUCAACUCAAAUCACCUCGUAAAGUUAAAACUAAUAGUGAAGGUGUGAUUGAGGCUCCAUUUCAAAUUCGUCCACCAAGAUCACUAAAUGACGAUCAGAUACCGUUAUCAGCUACUCACAAAACAUAUAAACGACUUGGUGCCACAAAUCCUGCUUUCAGCGUUCCUAAAUCUCCAAGGGCAGGACAAUUUCGACCUUUACCUUCACUUAAGGAAAGCAUACCAAUUCCUCAAGAUACCAUUCUUCCUCUUGAAGUCUUUGACGAUGCCAGCUACAUGGAGUUUCCUAUCGAAACACUACUUAAAAAUCCCGCGGCGUUUUCCCGCUUUCAGGAUGCUGCCGGAGAUAUGGUUUGGAAGCCAUGCAAGUGUAUUGGGUAUGAUAACGAGAAAGAACUUUUCACUAUCGAGUAUGGCAUCGCAAAGAAGACCAAAAAUGUUGCAAGAUUCAAUAUAAGGUUUGCAAUAGAAAAUGAAGAAAAAUUCAACAAAAGAGUUGAAGUAGCCACUUUAUCAUGCCAUAAAUUCGAAAUGCUUACUAGAUUUAAUGCAAGAAUUGAUGCUCUCGACGUUACUAACAUUUCCGAGAUUUCAGAUAAACAAAACGAAAGCAUCGAUGCAAGAAUCGCAUGCAGUAUUCCCAAAAAUUACAAAAAUCUUCAUCAAAAUCUCUUAAGCGAAAACAAAGAAUUAUUUAAGCGACAAAACAAACGACUUUAUUACAUAAAUGACUUAAUUAACAACGAAAAUUUACCAGACCGCAAUGAAUUUCUUGCAUUACUUGAACAAAAAACAGAAAGAACAACUUACGGUUAUCCAUAUCGAUCGGAAUAUGAUUUUCAGCAAUUACUUAAGACGUUUUCGUCAGCAUUCCUUUACUCACACUCAUACCUCCUAAAAGCUCUUCAAAAGAUAUCAAAAACCUUCGUAAAUACAGCACUCACAAGAUUUAUGGCCCCAGGAUACAACACCAUCCUUCCACUCGAUGACUAUAUCCAGAAAGAGCUUACACAGAUUAAGGAAAGCAGUGCCUCAUUUAAGUCCAUUGUGCAGAAAACAAUAGAUAUGGUUAUUACUGAAUCAUUGUCAAACAUAAACAGCCCAACUGAUACUAAUGUGCAGAAAGAACUCUAUCAAAGAGUUAUUUCUCUAUCACAGAGGAUCCUGCAUCAUAAUUUGCUGGAUUCCAUCACAAAAACUCUCGAAGAUUUUGCUAAUUCUAUCGAGAAAUACAAAGAUAUGAAAGAUAAUAUGAUUCCUGCUCAAUUUUUGGUAACACUCAACUUGAAUGAAGAAAAACAGCUUCAAAUUUCACCUUCAAUUGAAGAAUUUCGGACAAAAUUUACAUCAAUUCUUCAGAAAUUCGAAGAUUCUGCUGCUACAAUACCAGAAAUCAAGUUCUCUAUCAUCGAUGUUAAACUGGACACAGUAUCUUUCGUGGAUAUCCUGACGGAGAUCAUCAGAAAGCGGAAAGAGGUGAUUUCGACGUUCGAAACAAUUCUCUCGAGGCUAUCAGAUUUUGUAGAUAGUCACAGAUCCCUCGAACAGGUCAUCUGCCUAAAUCCAGAGACAUUUCCAUCAGAGUUCGAUCCAGACGGGAAGAAGACAAUUGACGAGUACUUGCAGAUGCUUACUUCCCUUCGUGAUUCCCUCGAGAUUGUCUCUAUCAAGUUGCAGGACUCCUACAAGAUUGGCAUGUUCCAGCUCGAAUGCAAGGAGUUCAAGAAUUUAACAGUUAAAAUAAUUGAAAAACUUGUCUUAUCUCUUUUCGAGAGAAUGAGGUACUUCGCUCAGAAAGAAACUCACUCGAUGAUAGAUAAUCUGAGAGACUUAAUUAUGAAAGUGUCAGCAACGACAAACACCCCUGAGGAACUCGGAAAGCUGAAGGAGUACAUGGACAACGUGGCACAGAACUCCAAGGAGAGACAAAACAAAGUAGAACUCAUGAUGAGGAGGUUCGAAUUCCUCGAAGCCCAUCACUUCUCCAUUGAUGACGAAGACACAAAACAAAUAUACAUUCUUAGAGGCCUUCCGCGAGAGCUAGACCACGCAAUUGAAGCAGCAGAGAUAAAGUACAAGUCUGAGAGAGUGAGAAUGUUUGAAGAAUUGAAGCAGAAUGAAGUUAAGCUUGAUGAGGACACAGAAGUAGUUUCGAAGGAGAUCCCUCCAUUCCUGUCCAAGUUCACAGACUUAGAAAUGACUAUUGAUGCAGUGGAUGCCAUUGCUGAAAUUCAGAACAAAGUGGUAGAGCUUAGACAGAGACAAGACAAAUACAACAGACAAGAAAUUCUCUUCGACAGCGAGCCGCAGCCAUCAAAGAAACUCUCGAAAUUGAUGGAAGAAUUCGCUCCAAUCUACUUGAUGUGGACACUUGCUGGAGAUUGGAAUAACAAUAACAACAGUUGGCGAGACACUCCUUUCAAUCAGAUCAAGUCAGAGGGAAUGAACCAGUUCUUAGUACUGAGCCAAAAGAAAAUAGCUAAAUCGAAGAAGGAUCUAUCAGCCAGGGAUGAAAUUGUAAAGAAAAUUUUGAUACCUCUCGGAGAUCAAAUAGACCAGUUUAAGAAGAGGAUCCCUCUGAUAUCCAAAUUGAGACACCCAGGAAUCAAAACAAAGCACUGGGAGCAGAUAUCAAAGGUUGUCGGAUUCAAAGUUCAACCAUCGAUGGAGAUGAGUUUGCAACAAUUCCUUGAUUUGGAUUUGGAGAGAUGGCAGAAGGAAAUAUCUGAGAUUGCUGGAAUCGCUGCACAAGAGUACAACAUAGAGUCAAUGCUCGACGCGAUGGAUCUGGAGCUUCAGGAGAAGAACUUCAACGUGCAGCCAUUCAGAGAUUCAGGUUCUUUCAUCUUAGCUGAAGCAGACCAAAUCAUUUCGCUGAUAGACGACCAGCUUGUUACUACACAGACGCUUUUGACAUCGCCAUUCAUACAUGCUGUCAAGAAAAGAGCAACAGAAAGACUUCAGUUUCUGAGAAGAUGCCACGAAUCGCUCGAUGCAUGGAUGGAAUGCCAAAGAGGCUGGCUCUACCUGCAGCCAAUUUUUACUGGAACUAGCAUCCAGCAGAAGCUGCACCAGGAAGCCAGAGACUGGCAGCGUGUUGACAAAAUGUGGACACUCAUUCUGACACAGACUAAGACACAUCCAAGUUUUAACAAUGUGAUGUCGAGAGAUCAUUUGUUCGAAGACCUUUCGGACGCAAACAGAUUAUUGGAUUCAAUCACACAAGGCUUAAAUGCCUAUUUAGAGGCAAAGAGACUUGGAUUCCCAAGAUUCUUCUUCCUUUCCAACGAUGAACUUAUUUCGAUACUCUCUCACACGAAAGACUUCGAUCAAAUUCAGAAGUCAAUGAAUAAACUCUUCGAGUAUGUCCAGACAAUCACUGUUAGCAACAGCAUGAUGAUCUCACACAUGAACGACGAUGGACUGGAGAAAGUGAAGCUGAUAAAUGAAAUCAACGGCGACACUCCAGAAAUCGAAGACUGGCUGAAUGCAUUUGAGAAAGAGAUGCAAAACACACUUAAGUACAAUAUUAGAGAGGCAAUUCCAGCCGCAGAUAAGAAGAGGAGUGAAGAAUGGCUCGUAGAUUUCCCAGCACAAGUUAUCCUUACAGUUAACCAGAUAUUGUGGACAACCCAAGUGACUGAGGCCAUUGAGAAUGCAAACAUCAAGUCAAAGAACCUGAGCAGCCUGAUGAAAAGGUUCCUUGAGAACUUAAACGGGUUGACAGACAUGAUAAGAAAGCCAUUGAAUCCAGCAACAAGACAAUGCAUCUCUUGCAUGCUCAUUUUCGAAGUUCAUAACAGAGACAUUAUUCAAAAGCUAAUCGAUGAAAAUAUCGAUGACACAGAAGAUUUUAAGUGGGCGCAGCAGUUGAGAUACUAUUGGGAGAAUGAUACUGUUAUGGUGCGAUCUAUCAAUAACGAUUAUGAAUACGCUUACGAGUACGCAGGCAACUCCGCAAGAUUGGUUAUCACUCCAUUGACAGAUAGAUGCUACCAAACACUUCUUGCAGCGUUCAAGCAGAAUAUGAGUGGAGCUCCAAGCGGUCCUGCAGGCACAGGAAAGACGGAGACAGUGAGAGACUGCGCAAAAGCACUAGGAAGACCAUGCGUAGUCUACAACUGUUCAGAAGAAGUCACUCCUGAACAAAUGUCACAAUUUUUUGCCGGUUUGUCAAGCAGUGGAACAUGGAGUUGUUUUGAUGAAUUCAAUAGAAUCAACAUAGAAGUUCUUUCUGUCAUUGCUCAACAAGUGAGAUGCAUUCAAGAAGCAAUUGCAGCUCAUGCUGAAACAUUCCAACUCGAUGCAAGAAAACUCAAACUCAAUAUGAACGCUGCCAUUUGCAUCACAAUGAACCCAGGUUACGCAGGAAGAACUGAGUUACCUGAUAACUUGAAAGCUUUAUUCAGACCUUGCGCUAUGAUGGUCCCUGAUUUUGUGUUCAUUUCAGAAAUCAUGCUUUUCUCUGGUGGAUACAACACUGCAUCACAAUUAUCUGUUAAAUUAGUUGCACUCUUCGAUCUCUGCAGGAAACAGCUUUCAAAUGCAUACCACUAUGACUGGGGCUUGCGUGCAAUGAAGGCUAUUCUUUCCACAGCAGGAAAGGCGAAAAGAAACAACUUACAAGCGCAAGAAGCAAAACUGCUCUUCGAGUCAAUCAGAGAUUGCACCAGGCCAAGGUUAGUAAAUACGGAUAUUCCUCUCUUUGAAGGAAUUAUGCACGACGUAUUUCCAGAAGUUGUUUCAGAGAAAUCCCUCGAUAUUAAAAUGAGAGAUUACAUGAUCGAAUCAUACAUUGAACAACAGACGCAACCACUUGAUCUCUACGUGAAGAAAUGCAAUGAAAUCUACGAGACUACACUUGUUAGGCAUGGCAUUAUGUUUGUUGGCGGCGCAAUGGGCGGAAAAUCUACUGCAUGGAAAGCACUUCAAAAGACUCUAGGAAAACUUAGCAAGGAAGGAAUUGGAAAAGCAGCGGCUACAUUCAUUCUUAAUCCUAAAGCAAUUUCCAUUCCAGAAUUAUACGGUCUAUUCGACCCUGUCACAAGCGGAUGGACAGAUGGCGUUCUCUCAUCGUUUAUUAGAGAUUGUUCAAUGUCAGAGCCAAUAGAAUGGAAAUGGAUAAUUGUUGAUGGACCAGUUGAUUCGUUAUGGAUCGAGACAAUGAACUCAUUGCUUGAUGAUAACAAAGUACUUUGCUUGUCAAACAACGAACGUAUUUCAUUGGGUGCACACUGCAAGAUGAUGUUUGAGGUAGAUGAUUUAUCUCAAGCAUCUCCAGCCACUGUCUCAAGAUGUGGUAUGAUAUAUUUCGACCCAGUAACUCUUCCAUGGACGGCAAUUGCUGAUUCAUGGGUCACAUCUUGCAAAUUCCAAGAGAUAGCAAAAUUUGUUAGACUUCAAAUGGAAAAAUACGUUCCAAGAGUAUUGACAUUUGUUCAAUGCGAUGCAAAAGUUGCAAUCGGUUCUAACACUUCUUUCUUCGUUAAGAACAUGCUGAAUAUCAUAGACUGUUUCUUCGAUAUUAUGAGAGAACCACAAGAAAUAAUUUCAGCUGACGGAGAAGACCCAAGACAAGUAGAUCCUCUAGAUCAUACUCUAUAUUUCUCAAGAUACACAAAGAAGAGAGAAAACACAUUUGGUUACUUUGACCAAGAAAAUGUGAAACCAAUUUUCGAAAAAAUACUCUUGUUUGCAAUCAUUUGGUCAUUUGGUUCGAUUUUAGCAGAAGACAGCCGCUCAUUAUUUGAUAAUCUUAUGAGAGAUAUGCUCGAUAAAUCAAGCAAUCAAUUCCCUGAUGGAGCAUCUUGUUAUGAUUUCUUUGUAGAUAUAAAGUCGAACGAAUGGUCACCAUUCGUCGAUGGAGAGCUGGGAAUCGAGUUUAUUCCUAGGGAUAAACUUGAGAACUCAAAGAAGAAUCCCGUCGAAUCAAUUUUCAUUCCAACUCCAGAAUCAUCUGCAAUGAUUUUUGUAACAAGGCUUUUAGUAGAGCAUCAGCACAAUGUCUUGUUCCAUGGCCCUGAGUCAUCAAAAUCUCUGACUGUGCAGAAUCUUUAUGCUAAUGUUCUCUCAAAGAAAUUUGACUGCAAGAAUUUACCAAUUGCAAAUUGCUCAACGGCCAAAAACAUUCUUCACGUAUUGAGAUCUUUCAUGCACAAGCACCAUGGUGUUUAUGGACCAUUGGUUGAUCAACAGCUUCUUAUUUUCUUAGAUAACAUCGGCUCCGUUAAACCUGAAGUAUAUGGAGCUCAACCGCCAUUGGAAUUGAUCAGACAGUUCUGCGACUACGGGGGCUGGUACAACACAGCCAAUGUUGAAUUUCAGAGAGUUGUUGAUACAACGUUAAUUGCCGGAAUGGGCCCUGCUGGAUCUGGUUUGUUCUCAAUUCCUGAGAGACUGAUGAGACAUUUCAACUUAAUCCACUGCCCGAAGAUGAGACUUCAGUCAAUGGAGAAAGUCCUUAAAUCACUUCUCAAGCUAAAGUUUGUUGGCUUCCAGGAUGAAGUCCAGGAAAUAUUCAGCAAAACAGUUGAUGCUGCAAUGGAGAUCCACAAACAAUGCGUUGAGAACUUACUUCCUAUUCCAUCAAAGUUACAUUAUAUUUUUUCUUUGAGAAACAUUGUUAGAGUCAUCAAAGGCAUGCUUUUAGUCAAACCAACAGAUAUACCAGAUACGAAUUCAUGGGCACGACUAUUUAGCCAUGAAAUGAUGAGAGAAUACAAUGACAGAUUUAACGUCGACGAAGACAGAAAAUGGUUCUUUAAUCUGAUCAAAUCAACGCUUAAAUCAAAGAUGGGAAUUGACUUUGACACUGCCUGCCCUAAGGGAAUCUUGAUGUUCAAUGAGUUUGCAGACAGAGCAGGAAGGUACAAAGAGAUUAAAUCCAAACCAAGUGAUGUCCUACAGACUUGCAGAGAGAUGCUGGAAGAUCACAACAGAGAUGCAUCGAAACAACUAGAUAUCGUAAUUUUUGACGAAGCAGUUGACCACAUCUCCAAUUUAAACAGAAUAUUGACACUUCCUAGAGGACAUGCGAUCCUUGUUGGUGUCAAAUCAAGUGGGAGAAAAUCUCUAGCACGGCUUUCUUUGCACAUGUCUAGUAUGGAAUCAUUUGAAAUACAGAUAACAAGAACUUAUUCAUUCACGGAAUGGAGAGAAGAUCUGAAGAAUCUGAUGAAGAACAUGGGAGUAAAUGACACUCCAACAGGAUUUAUUAUCUCUGAUGCUCAAAUAAUUGGAGCGUAUCAACUAGAGGACAUUUCUAAUAUGCUGAUUCAUGGAGAAGUGCCAAAUUUAUUUGCCCGCGAAGAAAUGGAACAAAUCAAGGCAGAUAUCAUAAACAACGAAAUGAUCACAGAUGGAGAUCCUUGGAAGUUGUUUAUCGACAGAUGCAAACAGCACUUGCACAUAAUCUUAGUUUUCUCUCCUUAUGGAUCGACUUUCAAGGAAUCAAUGCUGGCUUUUCCUGCUCUUCGAACUGAGACAACAAUUGAUUGGUACAUGCCAUGGUCAAGAAAUGCUUUGGAGUCUGUUGCAAAUGCCGCAUUCUCAAAAGCGAAUGUUUCAAAUAUAAAGAGCGUUGUGAAUGUUUGCGUUGAGAUUCAUAAGUCAGUGGAAAGGGCUGCUGACCGAUACCUCAGAGAAGCAAAAAGAUUCACUGCUUGCACCCCUUCAAGAUAUUUCGAGCUCCUGAACAAUUUUGUUGAGAGACUGAGCGAGCAGCAAGAGGCCGUUCAAGAAAACAUCAGGAAAUACGUUGGUGGUGUCGAAAAAAUUACGACAACAAGAGAGCAGAUCAAUGUACUUAAGAAUGAACUGGAUGCCGCAAUUCCUGUCUUGGAGAAGCAAAAGAAGGAAGUUGAGGAAAUGCUUAAAACUCUGCAGGUGAAACAGAAGGAAGUCGAAGGAACUAAAGUAGAGGUACAAAAGCAAUCAGAUGAUGCUGCAGCAGAAGAACAGAAAGCUCAGGAAAAGAACGCGAUCGCACAGCAGAAAUUGGCAGAAGCACAGCCAAUACUUCAGAAGGCUCAAGAUGCAGUCGAUUCAAUGGAUAAAAACUCGCUCGUCAACAUUAAGACAUUGAAGAAGAUUUCCCCAGCUCUAAGAGAGACAUUUGAGGCCAUAUGCAUAAUUUUCCAGAGAUCUCCAAGAAGAGUUGAUGGACCCACUCCAGGAACUAAAGUUGAUGACUAUUGGCCAGAAACAUUAACUCUAAUUAAUGAUUCGAAAUUUGUGUCAAAUAUCAAGAAUUUCGAUGUUCCAAGUCUGCCAAAGACAGUCAUAGACAAACUCAAGAAAUAUGUUCCAGCCGAAAACUCAGCUCGUGAAAGCAAAUUAGAGGAUAUCAUGAAAGGAUAUAAAGCUGUAUCAAACCUAUACCUGUGGGUAUGUGCUUCCUACGACUACUGGGGCGUCUACCAGACAAUUAUUCCAGUUAAGCAAGAAGCAGACGAAGCAGCGCAAAAACUUGCUGAGAGCCAAAAGAAACUAGCUGAGAGCAAAGCUUAUUUAAAGAGUGUUGAAGACCAACUGGCAGAGCUACAAAAGACAUUUGACAAAGCUAUGGCUGAGGAAAAGGCACUAGCAGACGAUGUCGCUCAUAAACAGCUUCGUCUCGACAGAGCUCAGAAGAUUAUGAGCGGCUUGAGUGGUGAGACAACGAGAUGGGAAGCUUCUGCUGCCAAUUUGAAAGAGACAGCUGGUUUCUUAUUAGGAGAUACACUGCUGUCAGCCGCAUCAAUGACGCACUUGGCUGCAUUCUCUCCUUCAUUUAGAUACCAACUGAUCGAAGAGUGGAAGACGUUCUUGGUAAAAGAGAAUAUUAAACACAACGAAAGGUUUUCAAUUGAGAAAAGUCUCGGAAUCGAACAAAUCAUCAGAGAUUGGGUCGUAAAAGGACUACCAAACGAUUCACACUCAAUCGAAAAUGCAAUCAUUAUAAACAACUCUAAGAACGCAUUUCCGCUUCUCAUCGAUCCACAAUUAAGUGGUACAAAGUGGCUGAGAAAUGUCUUAGGCGAAAAAUUGAAUGUUCUUCGAUUUGACCAACCUGACUUUCUCCAGAGAUUGAAAGGCUGUGUAUCUUUUGGAUUGAGUGUUUUAAUUGAAAAUAUCGGACUGAAAUUGGAUCCAUUGAUUGAACCAAUCCUAUCUCGUGAAAUCAUAAACAAUGAUGGCCAAAAGAAAAUUGCACUUGGUGGCGAAUAUGUCUCUUAUUCAGACGAUUUCAGACUGUAUCUUAGCACCAAAUAUCCAAAUCCACAUUAUUCACCUGAAGUUUGCUCCCAAGUAACAUUAGUUAACUUCACCACAACUCAGGACGGUCUCUCUGAUCUCCUUAUGAACAACCUUCUUGAAGUCGAGAGAAAGGACUUGGACGAGAAGAGAAUUCAACUGAUGGAGGCAAAUGCUGCAAACAUGAUAAAAUUGAAGCAGGUUGAAAACGAAAUAUUGCAGAUUGUUUCAAAUGCUGGAGCAGAUAUUCUCGAGGAUGACACUGCAAUUGAGACGCUUCAGAAGGCUCAGAAGACAUCUCAAAUGAUUGAGCAACAGAUGAUCGCAUCAAAGAAAACAGAAGAACAAAUAUUAGACUUUAGAACUAAAAUGAUGCCUGUUUCUGCUAGAGCCGCCCUUUUGUAUUUCUGCGCAUCAGACUUCCAGGUCAUCGAUCCCAUGUAUCAAUUUUCCUUGAAGUGGUUCGUCAACAUAUUUAAGAAUGCCGUCAUUAAUUCGGAACAUCCGCAAGAUGUGAAUGAACUUGUUUCAACAUUGAAUCUUGCAAUCGCAAGGAGUUUCUUCCAAAGCGUUAGCUUCUCUCUUUUCUCAAGACACAAACUUCUGUUCAGCACAUUGAUGGCCGUGAGAAUUCUAAUGAGCGAAAACAAACUUAGGCAACAAGAACUUGCCUUCAUGUUGCAGCCAAUGACACAAUCACAAAAGAUUCCAAAUCCAACUAAAUGGCUUCCUGACGAAAUAUGGAAUCUUUUCGUAGUUUUGCCUUCUCUGAACGAAAUAUUUGCUGCUUUAGUUGAUAAUUUCAACCAAAAAGAGGAGGAGUGGAAGACUUUUUACAAGUCAAGCACACCAGAGAAUGACAACUUCCCAUACAAAUCAAAUUUAAGUCUCUUCCAACAGCUUGUCGUUUUGAGAUUUUUCCACCUACACAGAGUUAGAGAAGGACUGAGAAUCUUCGUCAGUGGAAGCCUUGGAAACGAGUUCAUACAGCCUCCACCACUAAACCUCUCCAAAGUUUUCAAAGAAUCAUCACCGCUUUCCCCAUUAAUUUUCAUCAUCACUCCAGGUAUCGAUCCUCAAGACGAAAUCAUCAACGUCGCACAGUCUAUGGAUCUAGAAAAGUUCCUUAAGAGCUAUUCACUGGGAAGAGGAAGAGGUGCUGGAGCUGAAGCACUCAUUGAAGAAGGCGCUGACAAAGGCUACUGGAUUUUGCUGCAGAACUGUCACUUAAGCUUGUCUUGGAUGCCGAAAUUGGAGACAAUUAUCGACAAUCUAGAUCCAGAGAAAGUAUCACAAAGGUUCAGGCUAUGCUUAGUCACAAUGUCAGAUCCAAACUUCCCAAUAGGAAUUCUUUACCAAGGAUCCAAACUAAUUUAUGAAAUUCCAAAGGGAAUCAGAGAAAACAUGAUAAGAGUUUACAGCGGAAUAUCUGCAGACGAGUAUAAACAGGAAUACACAGAAAUGGAAAGAAAACUCACAUUCCAUUUGUCUUUCUUCCAUGCAGUUGUUCUGGAGAGAUUACUGUUUGGAUCUAUCGGAUGGAACAUCCCUUACGAGUUCAAUCCAAGUGACUUAACUAUCUCUAGGAAGCAUCUCAGGAUGUUUUUGUCUGAGAACUCAGGAUAUGUUCCAUAUGAUUCGCUAGGAUAUGUUAUUGGUGAACUGAACUACGGAGGAAGAGUUACAGACAAAUGGGAUAGAAGACUUCUUUUGACACUACUAAGAAGAUAUUUCAGCCCUGAAAUAGAAAAACCAGACUUUACUUUUGGAGAAAGAUACAAAUCACCAGUUUUUUCAGACGAUGUAAAGCAGGUAGAAGAUAUUCUCCAGAAAUGGCCAGUGGUUACUGAAGGAAGUGAUGUUGGCUUGUCUGCAAAUGCUUCGACAAUCACGGCAAGGAAUACUGCACUUGGAAUAUUUAACUCUCUUAUAGAAAUCCAACCCACAUUAGUUGCUGCUUCUGGAUCAAUCAGCGAAGAACAAUUUGCUCUUUCUCUCGUCGAAAAACUCAUUUCUCAAGUUCCUCAAUGCUUCAAUAUCCACAAGUUCACGCAAAAAUUUGAUCUAAGUGACACAAUCAACACUGUUCUACACCACGAGAUACUCCUUUACAACAAACUUUUGGAAUACAUCAUAUCUUCUCUCAUUCAGCUUCAGAAAGGCUUGAAAGGUUUGAUUGUCAUUGAUAACGAACUUGAAAUCCUAAACAAGAGAGUCCUUUCGAACAAAAUACCAGAAGCAUGGCUUGUUCACUCGUUCCCAAGUAUCCUGACAUUGUCUUCCUACAUGGAAGAUCUCAAUUUUAGAGUUUCAUUCAUUGACAACUGGAUUAGGACAGGAAGACCAAAUGUAUUCAAGAUUGGUGCUUUCUUCCAUCCGGAAGAGUUUUUGACAGCAGUUUUGCAAGUUUACGCAAGAAAGCAUGUCGUUCCAUUUGACAAAUUGUCAUGGGCAACCACUGUUACCAAUUCAAUGCAUGAACAAGACUUCGCAAAACCACCAGAAGAAGGAAUCUAUAUCCAAGGUUUAUUCUUGGAAGGAGCCAAGUGGGAUUUACAAAAUUCAAAAUUAGUCGAAUGCGAACAGAAAGAAUUAAUCGCUUCGAUGCCAAUUGUUCAUUUGUACCCAACUCAAGAUAAGAACUUAUAUGACAUGACAAAGACAUUUGAAUGCACAAUGUACCGAAUGCAAAAUAGAGGCAGUGGUGCAAUGGGACUUCCAAACUACAUUAUGUCAUUGUUUAUCCCAACACCUGAUGUAUCUCCUGAUCAUUGGAUUGAAAGAUCAGUUGCUACAUUUAUCACUGUACAAAAUUGA